GGUGAUUCUCACUCACUCAAACCCUAAAGGUAAAUUUCCGAGAUUCGAUUCUCCGGCGCGAAAGAGAAAACGAUGAAGAAAUCUACAGAGACUCCGGCGAGAUCGAACGAAACUGUUAAAACUCAGAAACCUCCUUUCAGACCUGCCGUUGAUGACACCAAACCUGUUCUUCAGGACCCUAUUCUGAGAUCGGAUCCAAUGGAGACAGAAGAAGCUGUGCUGAGAUUGCCUCCUUUCCCAGUGAUCAGACCAUCUGAAUCAUAGCUACCCGGAUUAAUGAGUUGUUGGGGCCGUGAUUCUUCAGCUUGAUGAACAAAGACUAGUGUUGCAACCUUUUGAUUUAGUUAGAGGGUUUUGUAUUCAUCACGUGAGAAUCACGUGGAGUCAGUUAAAUGGUUGUUGCAACGACUCAGGGUUAUAAUGGUCUUUACAAAUUGGAAAUGAGGGAUGUUUCUUUUCUUAAACAAAAUAUUAUUGAUUUUGUAGACUUUUGAAUCAAAUAUGCGAGUAGUAAAAGAUAUAUUAGUUA